GUGACGUCACCGGGAGGUUCCGUGUUUCCUGUGUAGAAAAAGCAAACAGCAGAACUCCGAUGGCGUAUUGAUUUUCGCAUUGUUGUUCAGAUAUUUGCAUUUCAGUGAUACAUAUUUUACAUUUUAAAAAUGGCAGAUACGGGAAAUCGCCUGAGGAAUUUGCUGGAAUCUCCUAAUUUUGAUUCCCAAUCAUACGUGAAGCAGCUGUCGCAGCAGUCCGACGGUGACCGAGAUCUACAAGAGCACCGUCAAAAAAUACAAACACUAGCCGACGAAACCGCACAAAACCUGAAGAAAAAUGUCUAUAAAAAUUACAGACAGUUCAUUGAGACGGCCAAGGAGAUUUCCUACCUGGAAAGUGAGAUGUAUCAGCUGAGUCACAUUCUCACCGAGCAGAAGAGUAUAAUGGAGAGCAUAACGCAGUCUCUUCUGUCUACUGAUAAAGAUGAAACAGCUAAAGAGAUGCUCGCAGCCUUUCCUAAAGAAACCGAAGAGGUCAAACAGAGAACCCUGACGACGCUUCUGGAAAAGGUGGAGGGAUGCAAGAACAUCAUGGAAACCCCAGGCAGAUAUCUGGUCUAUAAUGGUGAUCUGCUGGAGUAUGAUCAAGACAACAUGUCACAGAUCCAAAAGGUCCAUGCUUUCCUGAUGAACGAUUGUCUGCUGAUCGCAACGUGGCUGGCUAACAGACGCGGAGCUGUGAAAUACAAAUACAAUGCGUUGUAUGACCUGGAAAGCUUCGCCGUCGUAAAUGUAAAAGACAACCCUCCGAUGAAGGACAUGUUCAAAAUCCUCAUGUUCCCUGAUAGCCGCAUUUUCAAAGCCGAGAACAGCAAGAUCAAGAAAGAGUGGCUGGAGAUCCUGGAGGAGACGAAGAAAAACAAAGUGGCGAAGGACAAGAACAAGAAGGAAGAGGAGGUGCCAACGUCGCCAGUCAGACAGGAAGUUUCCACCAACCCGUUUGAUGAGGACGAGCAUCUGGAUUCUGAAGAGCUGGUGGAUCUGAGCCCCGAAUGGAUACAGGAGCUGCCCGAGGACCUUGACGUGUGCAUUGCUCAAAGAGACUUUGAGGGCGCCGUCGAUCUUUUAGAUAAGCUGAACGAAUAUCUGAAGGAGCAGCCGGUGAGUCCACGGGUUAAGGAGCUGAGGGGCAAAGUGGACGAGCGCGUCCGGCAGCUGACGGAGGUGCUGGUGUUUGAGCUCUCUCCCGAUCGCUCCCUUCGCGGAGGACCCAAAGCCACACGCAGAGCCGUCUCCCAGCUCAUCCGUCUGGGUCAAUCCACAAAGGCGUGUGAGCUCUUUUUGAAAAACAGAGCGGCGGCGGUGCACACCGCUAUUCGGCAGCUGCGCAUUGAAGGUGCCACGCUGCUUUACAUCCAAAAGCUCUGUAACAUCUUCUUCACGAGUCUACUGGAGACCGCCAGGGAGUUCGAGAUGGACUUUGCGGGCAACACCGGCUGCUACUCCGCCUUUGUUGUCUGGUCUCGUUCGGUGAUGAAAAUGUUUGUAGACGCCUUCAGCAAACAGGUGUUCGACAGCAAAGAGAGCCUGUCCACCGCUGCAGAAUGUGUGAAGUUUGCCAGCGAACACUGCAAGCAGUUGAGUGAGAUAGGCCUGGAUCUCACUUUUAUUUUACAGUCACUACUUGUACGAGACAUCAGGGCGGCUCUCCAAAGCCAGAAAGACAUCAUCAUAGAGGCUACAAGGCACCGUAACUCUGAGGAGAUGUGGCGUAGGAUGAACCUGAUGACGCCUGAAGCUCUGGCCAAACUCAAAGACGAAAUGCGGAGCUGUGGGAUCAGCAGCUUCAACCAGUACACGGGAGAGGACUGCUGGGUCAACCUGAGUUACACCAUCGUGGCCUUCACCAAGCAGAUGAUGGCUUUUCUGGAGGAGGGACUGAAGCUGUACUUUCACGAGCUGCACAUGGUGUUCCUGGAGAGCCUGCGGGAGAUCAUACUGGUGGCCGUACAGCAUGUGGACUACAGUCUGCGCUGCGAGCAGGAAACGGAGAAAAAGGCUUUUAUUCUCCAGAAUGCUUCGUUCCUGCACGAGACGGUGCUGCCUGUUGUGGAGAGGAGGUUUGAGGAAGGGGUCGGUAAACCAGCCAAACAGCUGCAGGAUUUAAGAAAGAGCUCUCGGUCUGUUAAGGUCAACCCUGACAGCACCAUGUCUCUUGUUUAACAGCAUUAAAUGAACAUUAACUAAUACUACUUUGUACUACUGCUACUUAAAAUCUCAGUGCAUUUGACUUUGCACACUCCAAGACUCAAUUUUGGUGCUGUAUUGCACUUUAAACACUCCUUAUUCACCAAUAGCAACUGUAUAACAUUUUAUUACAUAAUAAUACAUGUAAUAAUUUAUACAAUUUAAGAGUUGGCUCUUUAAGCACCUAAAAUAAUCUGUUUAUUACUAAAGUAAACAAAUUCAUCUUAAUGAAUAUUACAUUUCAAAGUCAUUUGUUGCCUUAAUAAAGCCAAAUGAUGUAAACAUG